GACAAGCAAAGGAGCUGAGGAGUGGAGUGUAGGCACCAUAACCUGAAAGACGUGGUCCUGAAAGGAAGACAAUUCUAUUCCCUACCAAAAUGAAGCUGUUGCUGCUGCUGCUGUGUUUGGGACUGACUAUAGUCUGUAUCCAGGCAGAAGAAUAUAGUUCUAUGGGAAGGAACUUUAAUGUAGAACAGAUUAGCGGGUAUUGGUUUUCUAUUGCUGAAGCCUCUGAUGAAAGAGAAAAGAUAGAAGAACAUGGCAGCAUGAGAGCUUUUGUGGAAAACAUCACUGUCUUGGAGAAUUCCUUAGUCUUUAAAUUCCAUUUUAUUGUAAAUGAAGAGUGCACCGAAAUGACUUUGAUUGGUGAAGAAACAGAAAAGGCUGGCAUAUAUUAUUUGAACUAUGAUGGAUUCAAUACAUUUACUAUACUUAAGACAGACUAUGAUAAUUAUAUUAUGAUUUAUCUCAUUAACGAAAAAGAUGGGGAAACCUUCCAGCUGAUGGAGCUCUAUGGCCGAGAACCAUAUUUGAGUUUAGACAUCAAGGAAAAGUUUGCAAAACUAUGCGAGGAGCAUGGAAUCAUUAGAGAAAAUAUCAUUGACCUAACCAACGUCAAUCGCUGCCUCGAGGCCCGAGAAUGAAGAAUGGCCUAAGCCUCCAGGUGGGCAAUAUCCAAUGAGAGCAAGGAGCAGGUUGGUGGUCAUGGAGAGGCCCUUCCAAAUGCAUUAUUGUGCCCCCAAAUUACAAUAAAAAUGUUUGAU